UGACUCAAUUCAAUUUCCCGCUUUCUUUAACAUGUACCUUAUUUGGUUUAUUACGUUUUGUUUGGUAGGAUUAUCUACACAAGAAGCCGUAAAUGUUUCUGUUUAUUACAUCUCAUCUUGUCCCAGUUCACAAAGAUUCAUAGGCAGUAAGUUGCAUCAAGCAUACCAAAAAUUGGGAAGCGAAGCUCUGAACGUGAAAUUGUAUCCUACGAUUGUAGGUUAUAAUACUUAUGGCGAAGAACCGUACAUUUCAUAUGACAUCGACUGUAUAAAUGGCGAUGAGGAAUGUUUCGCUAAUAAAAUGCAAGCUUGCGCUUUGCAUUUAUUUGGUUUCAAUGAAAAUACGAUAAAUUUCGAAGGUUGUGUCAUGUCUAGUAGACAGCCCGAAAAUAAGAGAGUUGUGAGAAGAUGUGCAAAGAAAAGUCAAAUUGAAUGGUCUAGUAUAAAAAAGUGCAUCAAUACAAGAGGAGAUGAAAUCUUGACUGAAAUAUACGACGAAUUUAAAGAAUUAAUAUCAGAAAUUGACCAUUUUCCUCACAUUAUAUUUAACGGUGUUUAUGAUGAGAGGACAGCAAGAAAGGCCUCUAUCAACUUUUUAAGCACCGUCUGCGAAAUGUACAAAGAAAAACCCGCAGGAUGCGAUAUUCAAAAACCUACAGCGUAAUAAGACCAUCCAAAUGAAUAAAUUAUUUUAAAUCGACCCGAGUCACCUCAUUAUUCCCACUUUUCCCGUGCAUUUAAAUCAUUUUGCGACCCAUCAAAAACACUUUGGUCAACUUUUCGACGCCGACCGGACCCAUUACGCCGAAUUGAAAUUCUAAUUUUCCGCAUCGGCCGCAUCAUCAUCGAAUCAUUACGCGGCGUAGAUAUCCCGUCGAAAUUUAUAAGGUGUUUAAAUGUGGGCGAAGCGACAAGUAUCAUCGGCGAGGAGUUACCGCUAGCGAAGGAAAGCGUGCACUCGAAUGCCCACGAAGCUUCGUUUAGUACCAGCGGUACUUUUAAUAGACGAUAAAGUUUGUUGGUACCAAUAUUCGUACACACAGUAGCAACUGUAAAUUGGUAUGUGGGCUCAAAUUCUAAUGCUUCUAAUCGUGUGGUUGUGGAAGAUAUUCUCAUGAGUUUGGAGUAGCUGGGUGAAUAUGGUGGAAUAAAUUAAUUGUGUAAUAUCUCGGGUACUAUAGACGUCGGAGAGCAUCAUCGGCAGCGACCAGGUGAGCCGCCUCGAGCUGCCGCGGGAUUCGCGGACCAACAUGGAUAUGGUAAUUGACUGGUAAUUUCGCUUUACCGCGCCGCGUCUAUCCUCUACUUUACCCCAACCGCCCUGUAAUAUCGAAGCCGCUUUUUCUGGCCGCCGCGAUAAAUUACACCGGGCUACUUUCAACGUCUCCUCUCGCUGGACGUCUAAUGAUAUCUGAAGGCGAGAAUAUGCGGCCGGUUUCGCCGGGCUGCGUUCGCACUUGCCCCGAUUAGACGGCGACUGGUUCGUCGAAUUAGCAUGCUAAUAAAUAUCGAAUUCGAUUGCUAUUGAGACGCGUUCGAACACGGCCCGCUGUCGUUUUCGUCCGAGCGCGAUACGCCUUCCAGAUAAUGUCCUAUUGAUUUUGUUGGCCGGACUCGAUCCAUCAAAAACGGAGCUCGCGCCUAAUCUGCAUCUUCGGUCCGGACUCCAUCAUAAUGGGCAUCUUAAAGUGGUUAUUGUUGGGGACGUUGAGAGGCGAACGUUUUACCUGGCGUAUGCAUGUCACAUGCCAUCGGUCGGUUAUCUAAAUGAAAUCUCCGAGCGGUUUAAAUAUGAUAAAUACACCAAAUACAGCGACAUCGCAGGAUCGUAUUCGGUUAAAUCGUAUUACAG